AUGGCAAGAGUUCCCUAUACAAGUGUAGUUGGAAGUCCGAUGUAUGCUAUAUUGUGUACUCGACCAGACAUCUAUUUUGCAGUUGGUAUGGUUAGUCGUUAUCAAAGUAAUCUAGGAUCUGUUCAUUGGCAAGUAGUUAAGAGGAUUUUUCGAUACCUUCGUGGGACAUCGGAUCUCAUUCUUUGCUAUCAGGGUGGAGAUUUGAGAUUGAGAGGUUAUUUUGAUGUUGACUGGGCCAGCGAUAGAGAUGAGCACAAGUCCACUACAGGUUAUGUAUUUCUACUUAGUGGUGCAGCUAUCUCUUGGUGCAGUAAGAAACAGUCUUGCAUUGCUUUAUCCACAAUGGAGUCUGAUUAUAUUGCUUGUUCAAUAGCAACACAAGAAGCUGUUUGGUUAAAGAGUUUUUUCCAAAGCCUAAGCGUGACAUCUCUUGUAGAUGAAGCUAUAAAGAUGUAUUGUGAUAGUAUGGCAGCAUGGCUCAUGCUAAAUAUCCUAAGUAUCAUAGCAAAAGCAAACACAUACAGACUCGUAUAA